GGAAAUUAAAGUGAAAAUGAAGUGAUUUUGGUGUCCCAAAAAUAAGCCAAGGUCCUUUAAUUUCCCUCUCAGAACAAUAUUAUCAUUAUUAUUGUUAUUUGAAACAAAACUAGAAACAAAAAAAGAAGGUUAGCAAAUUCUCAAAAUAGCUUCGGAGAGAAAGGGAAUAAAGAAUGUCGUUUGAGGAGACAGAGCUAAGGUUAGGAUUACCUGGAAAUAAUGAUAAUAACAAUAAUAUUAUUAUGAUAAGGAAGAGAGGUUUUGAUGAAGAAGAAGAUCAGCAAACAAUACUAAAAGUAAUGCCUGAUUUGAAGCUUAAUCUAACUUCAUCUCAUCCAUCUUCACCCAAGGAAGAAGUGGUGGGUUGGCCACCAAUAAGUUGCUGUAGAAAGAAGAGAUUGGGGCUUCAAAAGGGAAGUAAAGAGGAAGAAAGUGAUGAAGACCAAGAGAAGAAUGUGAUGAAGAAGAAGAUUAGGUUUGUGAAGGUUAGCCUUGAUGGUGCACCUUAUCUUCGUAAGGUUGACUUGAGCAUGUACAACAGCUACAAUCAACUUUCUCAUGCCUUAGCCAAAUUCUUUGGAGCCUUCACCAUUGGUAAGUGUGGAUCAGAAGCAGGUGGGAUGAAAGAGUUGAUGAAUGAAUUGAAAGUAAAUGUAGAUUGUUCUGAUUAUGUUCCAACCUAUCAAGACAAAGAUGGUGAUUGGAUGCUUCUUGGUGAUGUUCCUUGGCAGAUGUUUGUUGAAUCUUGCAAGCGUGUUCGUAUAAUGAAAGGAAAAGAAGCCAUUGAGAUUGCACCAAGAGCUGCAGAGAAGUGCAAGAACAACAAUAAGAGCUAACUCUUCACACACCAUUGUUGAUAUAUAUAUAUAUAUAUAUAUAUAUAUAUAUAUAUAUUUUCAAGGCAAAUGCAUGCAUGCAUUGCUUCUCGUGAAUUAAAAUGAUUCUGGCUUUGUGGACACACAUUGGUUUUUGGUUGUUUCUAUAUUUUUCUAAUUAAGAUACAUAUAAUGGAGUUUGGAAUGAAUUAUAGUAAAAUUUGGAAUUAGCUCA